UGGACCUUCGAAAAGCGCUCAGUUUGGCCAGUACUUGUUCAGGUUCAUUCACCAAUUCGCGCGUCGAGCCCCAUAUCUUCGCUGUUUCCGACCUAUUAUGCGGCUGAGUACCAUCCUGCUGGCCAUUACAGUCGCUGCUCUCGCUAGCGCCAGUGGUGCGUCGACGACCGACCUCUCUAAGACCGCUUCCAUCAAGCUUGAACACUCGUCUGUUGCCGCUCAGGCCAAUAUCAAUGUCCACCGACGUUUGAGAAAGCAUGAUAGCCAACUCGAUCGACGUGCAAUCAGCGAAGAGAGAGCGAACAUUGGGACCUUGUUGUCGGAGAAUAUGGCCAAACUGAAGGCCUUUUUAAGCAAGGUUGACGAGAUGGACGUCAAGGCAGCGCAGAUGAUCAAGGGCAAAACCGUAGAGGAAUCGAAAGAAGUCCUCACCAAACUUUGGGACGACAUAUUGCCCCUGCUGCAAGGGAUGGAGAAGCAGGGAAUCACUUCUCAAAAUCUAGCAAAGCACUCCACGUUCAAGAAGCUAUCGAAACAGGAAGCUAACUACCUGACGAAGUAUUUCAAGGUGUAUUGGAAGACUUUCAAGGGCAACAAUGUCUGAAAGGCUCGUCCAAACACCUGAAAGGAGGGCGAAGAAUGAGAAAGAAGCGUAACUAGACAUACCGGUAGAUCAGAUGCUAUCUUGUAAUUGAUUUUACGGUUUCGGUC